CCAUAUUCGAGCCUGGAGCCAGCCUGCAGCCCUACACUGUUCUAAUCUGUGCGCGCUGUGCGGUGCUGGCAUCUGACGCGUGCACUGAUAGCACGCACUGAAUAGUUUAGCAAGUCUGCCCGUGGUCCACAGCACUGCCCCUCCCAGGACAGCAGGAAGCCAGAGUACCCAGAGGACACUUACACAAGCAAGAUCUCAGAACUUUGAGGCCGAAAAGCUAACCAUUGCUACACCGUGCAGCCCAUGUGAGGUACCAGAUUUCCACAUUUUCAGGAGGCCUAUAGGGAUUAAAUGAUGGCAUCUUCUCCUAAGAAACUGAGAAUAGAUGAAACUAUUCAUUUCCGGCUGUGUGACUCUUUUGUUCGUACGCCAGAGACAAUAAUAUGCCCCAUCAUAAAGGCAGAAGAAUCAGUGCGUGUCCUACACAAUCUUCAGGAAGAGUCACUGAAAGACAUUUUAAGUGAAGCAGGGCAGGCGUUGGGUUUGGAGUUAGUCACCGUCAAAUGUUACCCAGGUACAAAAUACUUUGAUGUGACUGCCAACAUUUUUAUUGAAUAUAGAACAUCUAAGCAAUGGGAUGAAAAUUCAUUCAACAUGUAUAAGGUUUCUCUUCAAUCAAAGCUACAAAAUCUCAACAUAAGAAAUGUCUUAAUUGAUCAAGUGAUGGAACAGUCAACACUUUUACAACAGCCUAUAAUUACAGAUUUUGACUACCAAAUGUAUCAACUGGACUCAAGAUAUAAAUCCCUUGCAAGCCGGUAUUCAUCAGAAGUAGUCCCUAUUCCUGCAGAGCUACACAGCAUCAGUGCACUGCUUAAGGAGCUGAAAGAAGGAAGACUCUCAAUUGCUCUGUUGUCACACAAUGCUACUGGAAAAAGUUAUUUUCUAAACCUACUUCUGCUACUGACUGCAGAAAGCUACAGAGAAUCUGAAGACGGCCAGGGAGACAGAAAAAUAAAGCUGCCAAAGGAUAUAAUAGGAAAUCCUACUGUCAAAAUGGUGAAAGAAGAUGAAGAUUUUGAAGAUUUAGCAACGGUGAUCAAAGAUUUCCUUGAUACCAUUGAUGAUCAACAAGAUUUCAAAAGUUUUAUACAACCAAUUUGUCAUGAAUUAAACUAUACCAAUCAAGAGGAGCUGCAUAGAAUGGAAAAUGUAUUCAGGGCCCCACUGAACAGAUAUUACAAUGAAGAUGCCCGGAUAGACCUGGAACCUUAUUUGCUUCCGCAAAAAGGUUGUAUUGACAGCUGUGAUUCCAUGACCAAAUGUGUUCUGCAUCUGAGAUAUGGAGCCUCCUUCCAAGCCAGUGUGGAAUAUUUCGAUGAGAAGGAAUUACAGAAUCAGUUGUACGAGCUGGUAUCACUGGUAAAUGAAUCAGAAGAAACAAGACCUGACAUUGAGUAUGAAGGAAUGAAGGAGAGAUCACGUCUAUCGCUGAAGGCCAGAUUUGCCAUUUUGACAGACAAUGUUUCCUCAGAAUAUGACCAGGAAACAUUACACAGUAUUCUGAGGUCAAUCACCUGCCCUGGAGACAUUAAGCUCAGUAAACAGGUGAUGGGGUUCGCAGGAAGAACUGAGCUUUAUGUUGGAAAUGGAGUCAAUCCAUCAGCAGACCGACUGGCUCUUCAGAAACUUCUGACUGAAUAUACACCAUUAAUCGGAGAAGAUACAAAUACUAUCAUGAGUCAAAAAGUAGCUGCACUGAAACGUAUUGUAGUCUACGUGCCUAGCAGGCUGUUGUAUGGUGGAAUAGAAAUUCUGGAAAUGCCGGGAACAAAUGACAGUGAUCCAUUGGCGAUGAGCUUUAUACAGGACGCACUGAACACAGCCGAUGUUGUCUUUCUCCUGUCAGAGUUUGGAUUCAAAUUAGCUGGACAAGAAGUUAAAGACACCCUGAGAAACAGUCGAUUCAUUAAAAAUUGGAUAAAGAACUCUCAAGAGUACAAACUGAUGUUUCUUGCCUAUUCUGAAAAGGCUCAAACUUACCAAUGUGGAAAAAAUGAUCAAGAUAAACUGAAUAAAAUUAAACUUCAAGAGAACAAAAAAAGAGAUAAGGAGUUUCAAGAGCUUGCAAAACUAAUACAUCCGGUUCCACUAUCAUCAGAUAUGAAAGCCAAUACAUUUUCCUCUUAUGUGUUUCCUGUGCUUCACACUUCAGUUCAUGCACUAGAGGGAAUACCCCAUAAAAUAGUUGAGGAAAAUAAAGAUAUAUUGAAGAAUACUGGGAUUGAUGCAAUUAUGGAAGAACUUGAUAACUUUCUUGUACAGAGGAAAACAAUUAAAGAGAUCGCACUGAUUGAAAGCAAGCUGGCAGACAUGGAGAACAGCCAAAAUGGCGAAGCAAAUGAUGAGCAAGGGGCUGACGCUAGUUCUGUUCCACAAAAUAUAGAUUUUUCACAGGAAUCAGACUUUUUAAAGACAAAUAAUGUUCUUUUAAAUGAACUUAAAGAAAAGCAUGAAGAAUGUAUAAAAAAUGCUGUUAAUGGACAGUUGAGAAUGUUAAUGGAAAGAUCUGCGACAGAGGCUGUGAAAAACUGGGCUGAAAUUCAAAGCAAAGUUACGGAUGCAGGGUUUUUCAAUCCACAAUACAAUGGGCAACAUCCUGGUUAUAAGAUCAAAAUGUACAACAUGUUUAGCCAUAUAGAUGAAGAUAUAUCCCAGAUUUUUCAAGUCCUUCUAGACGACAUACAUUUUGCUCUUGAUCGCUGCAAGGACAAGGUAACCAAAUUAUUUGCAACGGAGUUGCAAGCCCAGAAGAAAAAUCAAGUGACAGUUGGAAACUCUCUGCAAUGUGCAUUGUACUGGUCCAUGGGGAAAACUAGAUCAUCCUUCAGUAAGGACACCUUAAUGAAGUCAGUUGAAAACAUCUUCAAGGAUAGUAUGAAAAAACAUAUAUUAGAGCCAGCAUACAAAGACAGCAUUGAAAAUACUAACAACAGAAUGGCUACACGGAUACAACAGGUUUUAAAUGAUGUACAACGCACUUUCUUAAACAACACAAUCACCCUUUAUAAUGAAAGGUGGCCUGCCAAUCUGGCAAAGUUCAUGGUCCGUUUGUGCAUUCCAUUGGCUUCCAUUCGUAACUCACGACCUGGCUGCACGUUCUGUGGAGGAUUAAAGUGCUCCGUAUGCACUUACAUUGAAAGUACCACAACAUUUACAAGCAGCAGCAAAAACACAGAGUUCCCAUUAACAGAAAGCUUGAGCUGCAUAUCCAAAAAGGUCAUAUACCUCAUCACUUGCAAGAAAUGCAGACAGCAAUAUGUCGGACAAACAUCCAACACUAUGCGAAGGAGAUUCGUUGACCACCUGUCUAGAAUAAAAUGCAACAAGGACAUAACUGUUUCUAAGCAUUUCAACUUGCCCGAGCAUUCUUUGCAUGAUGUAGCUCUGGUGGUCAUCGAACACGUAGCAAAUAAGAAAGAUCUUUUGCAGAGGGAGCAAUAUUGGAUUCAGGAACUUGGCACCUUGACACCAAACGGCUUGAAUAUGAUGGUGUAAAAUAUCUGUAAUACGGAAUAUCAGUGCCUGCACAAAACAUCAUGCUCAUUCCAUCAUGUGAUGUAAAUACUGUAGGUCACAUGCUGUAGCUAGAUUACAACAAUGCUGGGUUCAUUUGUUUUUCGGGUAGGGAGGGGGUCUAAAAAAUACUGAUGGGAAUGUUACAGAGGCCAUCCAAAAAAAGAGAAAUUGGUGAUGGUAGACAAAUAUGAUUAUGCAGGGUGCACCUUUACUAAUAUAGGGGAAAUGUAUUCACAAUACUGGAUGGAAACUGAAAUUGUAAGUGCAAUAUUGCACAAUUAACAGUAGUGCCAUCAAUACUUAAUGAAUGCUUACUCAACUGGCAAUUUUUGAGUUGACUGGUAAUUGUGGUUAUUUAGUAUACAUUUCUGUCUUAAUAUACAUUUAUUUUCUAUUGGCUGAAUUAAACAUCAUGUUUCUAAAAAUGAAUUAA